UACCUGCGCAAGAGUCGCAUUCCGUUUCCCACCUCCGCGCGUAUUCAUCGAGGUUGUCAAAGGCUUCGAUAUUCAAGUAUAUUUUUUAGAAAGUGACCUUAGUGCGUGUGUUUCGUUUUGAUGCCGACAUGACAACCAACUAGUUGUUAAAAUGGCACAAUUGGCUUGCAUGCUCGCGUUGGCUGGUGCAGCGUCAGCACAACUCACGCUUGAUGGCAUCCGUUGCGGUCAGCUCACCUGUCAGUUUGACGACUAUUGCUCACCGGAAACCAAUAGAUGUGCACCAUGCGCCAUUGUUUGCAACAAAACGCACCACAACUUCGACUCUGGGCUUUGCGUCAAGGAAUGUCAAGGAUACCUCCUGGAUAUGCGAUACAUGCGACGGAGUGAGACAGCCUCCACUCCUCCUGACAUGAACGGUGUGCAACGACAGGCGCAGACGGCUUUAAUUGUAAGCUGCGUUGCGGUGGCUAUGCUCCUGCUGGCUCUUAUUAUAAUUUGCCGAGGUCGUCUCUCAUGGAGACACAUAAAGCAAAAACUACAGCCUUCUAAGAAUCGCGUCAAGCAAUAUCCAACAGAUUUAACACACCAUAACCCUCAUGCAGAAAUGCCGAAGCCGAAACCAGACCUGAAACUGGAAAUACGAAACCCUGAGCCUCCAAAACGACAACCUUUGAACGUACGAGACCUGGACGCUAGAACUCAGACCGAAAAGAGUGUGGGUGCUACGACACCGAAGACCAUGAGUACAGCGGUGAGCAACAGACACCCGGCAGAAGACACCACCUUAGACUUCUCGUACGAUAAUAUGGGCAUGAACGUGACCCCACCGCAGCAAGCAGCGAGCCACAAAUUCUGAAAACCGACCGUAAGCUUUGCUGAAUCUUUGGACAGAUUAUGAUGAGAGUCAGUGAAUUUUCUAGCUUAUGUGUAAAUGAUUUCAAAAAAGAAAUAUGUUUUAGAAUCUCAGUAGGAAAAUAUUUUUCUAUUUUCAAAUUACUAAACUCAUUGUAAAAACCUCUUAAGCAAUGAUUUGUCUCGUGCUUUAUCUAAGUACAUUUGAUAAUGUUGUUGGAUUUUAUAUUGAGUAGUGGAUAAAAAAUUUCUUAAUGGGUACCAAGAAUUAAUCUAAUCCGCUAGGAUUUUAAUGGUGUUUUUAAACCUUCUCGGAAUUGUCCUGUUGAUUAUAGGAUAGAACUAAUGAUGUCUUAUAAAUAGUAUUGAUUAUUUAAAAGUUACUUUGAACAUUUAUUCGAAAAUUAAAAUUACUGUUCACGUGGACAUAAUAAUCACAUUUCAUCUUAGCGAGUUAACGAUGUUAACAAUAUGUGUCUAAAUUGCUGUUAAAUUGUAAAAUCUAUAGGACGAUAAUAUCUUGAAUCAAACUAAAAUUUACCACAUAAAUCAAGAUUAUUGAAAUAUUAUUUUAAUACUUGUAAUAUGCAAAAUUUAUAAUAACGUGCAUUUGAACAGCAAUAAUUAUGUUACUUAUGCGUUUACGACGAGUGUUUCGGAAAAUUGCCAGCGAAUUAAUUAAAUUAAACGAUCUGUUUAUUUAACUAAUAACCUAAUGUAAACUAUUUCAACAUACCAAAAUAAACCCAUGAUAAAUGGGAAAUUAGUUAUUUGGUGUUUUCACGUCACCACUAAUAAACCACAUUUUGCAUAUCGUUUUAAUAAGUUUAUUAUGUAGUAUAUUUAGUCAUUACUUCGUUGAAAUCAAAUACCAGGAUUGAUUUAAAUAUUCGUUAGGCAACUCUUAUUGAGUGUCUGCUCUAUGGUUUACGUGUUUAAUAUUUUACUUAUAAGUAAUAUUACUAUAUUUUCUAUGUAUAUAUUACUGUAAUCUUGAAGCAGACAUAGAAAACUGGAGUAACACACGUGAGAAGUCUGAUACGGAGUCGAUAGCCUCGUACUGCGUACAAUGUCUUUUUAAUUUUCAAUAGAUCUUUGGAAAUCCAAUUGUCUGACCUAUUUAUUUAUUUUAUCUGGUUUUCUCUAUUGCAUCAGCAGUUUAUCUAAUACUUAUAGCUAGCGGUAUAUUAAUAGAUUUAUAUGAUAUGAUGAUAUGACAAUUGGUGUUUCCAAUAGAUAAUCAAUCGGUGUUAAAAAAUUUACUGUGGUUAGCUAUUUGGAAGCUUUAACAGGAUUUUAUUAUUAAAAUGUAUCCAUAGAGUCAAACCUCAGCACCAUCUUCUUUCGUUAAAUAAUUUGCUAUACUGUAAAGUGUUAUCGUGUUUGACAAAAAUAUAAUAUAAAAGGAAAA